CCCUCAAAGUAAUCUUUUAGCCAAGAUGAAAAUUCUGAUCUGCUCUGCUCUUCUCACGGUCCUGGCGAUUGGUGCCGUCGCAGCUGAGGUCAGCGAAGAUGAUUUAUUGAGUUACUUUCGGAGCCAGCUGAAAGCCGAUGACAGCCAGGAUAAUCCCGAGCCAGCCCCGGAGCAGUCGAAUGAAGUGGAUGAAUCCGACGAACAGCCUGCAGCUCCGCCAGCUCCUCCAGCUCCUCCAGCUCCGCCAGCUCCGGUAGCUCCGGCCGAUCCCAGUCCAAUUCAAGCUCCAUCUCAGGAUGAAAUCGUCAUUCGUCCUUGCACUAAUCGAAAACCUAGCCCAACUCCAGCUCCGAAUCAAGACCAUCUUUCUACUUCGCGCAUUAAUUUGGUACUUUAUCUAUUACGUACUCAUUUGCUGCUGCGAAAGGAACUACAGAAGUCGCAGCAACAGCAAGAAGACCAGAGGCAGUUGGUUUUGAACAUUGACAAUUUAAUUAAGUCGCAAUCUCAGCUGAGGAUAUUGUCCGAAAGGAUCCAGUCCCGGUUGUUGGUAAACUUAAUCAAGUUGAGAGCCGAACAAGCCCAUAGACUGGAAGACCCCCAACACCAAGCGCACUUACAUUGGAGGCACAACCGCAGCCAGGAUCGACACAGCCAGCAUCGUUACCGCCGCCGGAAAUAUCGAAUCAGCCAAUGCCAAUCGCACCCCAGGGAUCUCUGUCACAGUCACAGGCGCAGUCGCAGUUACUGUCACGGUUGGAGGCACAGGCACAGGCACAGGCGCAGUCGCAGUUGAAUUCGAACUCUGGACAGUCACAGCAGCAGAGGCAGUUGAAUUCGAACUCUGAACAGUCACAGCAGCAGAGACAGUUGAAUUCGAACUCUGAACAGUCACAGCACCAGAGGCAGUUGAAUUCGAACUCUGAACAGUCACAGCAGCAGAGGCAGUUGAAUUCGAACUCUGAACAGUCACAGCAGCAGAGGCUGUUGAAUUCGAUCUCUGACCAGUCACAGAUGCAGAGGCAGUUGAGUUCGGAUUCGAGGAUGUCACAGGGACAAUCGCAAUCGCAAUUCUUGCAGCCCAAGACAAAAUUGCCAUCGCAGUUACAGUACUUGUAAUUGAUUGGUUUAAUAAAUACAUGUCCAAUAAAGGACAUUGAUUAAUGA